AUGGUAAACUGUUUGAUAUUCGUCAACCAUAAAAAAAGCAAUGUCACUCUUAAUCAUAUAAUUGAAACUGGUACACAUCAACCCAUUUACACUCCACCUUAUCGACGUUCACCUAAAGAUCACCAAACCAUUACUGACGAGACUGGCAAAUUCUCACAACAAAUAAUAAUUGAACCGUCGACAUCACCUUGGUGCUCACCUGUUGUCUUAGUACGUCAAAAAGACGGUAGCACACGGUUCUGCGUGAACUAUCGGAAAUUAAAUGAUAUUUCUGUAAAAGAUUCAUUUCCAUUGCCUCGUAUUGAAGAUAUUUUCGACCAACUAUCUCAGCCAAAUUAUUUCACAACACUUGACUUUAAAAACGGAUACUUUCAAAUUCCACUGACACCUCAUGAUCUGACUAAAACAGCGUUUUCAACACGAGACAAUCAUUAUCAAUUUACUGUUUUUCCUCAAGAAUCUGACCAUAAACCAUUAGAAGCUCUUACACAGAAAUCUCAAAUCAACGGUAAAUGUGAACGUUGGCGUUUAAAACUACAAUCAUACAACUUUACAAUUAAACAUAUUAAAGGUACUUCGAAUACUAUGCCAGAUUAUUUAUCUCGAUCACCAGUUGACCAUGCUGAAGAUGAGAUAGAUGAUGAAGUUCGUUCAACUUCUGUAACUACUACUAUUGCAAAUGAUACAUCCGAUAAAAACUCUCUUCCGGUAUCAUCAGCUGUCGGUAUGGUCACUACUCGUUCUCGCGCUCGCCUACUCUCACUUCUGAUAAGCAAAAUACUUCUACACCAAACAAUAACCAUUCUAAUCAGCAGUUUAACACAAUUAACUCAUCCACGUCCAACAUAG